AUACUCUUCCAUUCUUUCUCCGUUCCCUCACACUCAAUUCAAAUCAAAUAUGGAUACUAAGAUCGGUAAUGUAGAUGUUGUUACUACUCCUAAUGGCAAUGUCGGUUGUCCUCCCAAAAUCGGCGGUGCUAGUUGCGUACAGUCCUCCUCCGUACCAUUCAACUCCACCGAAGCCACACUCGGCCGCCACCUCGCCCGCCGCCUCGUCCAGAUUGGUGUCUCCGACGUAUUUUCCGUUCCCGGCGACUUCAACCUAACUUUACUUGAUCAUCUCAUAGCUGAGCCCGGGCUCAAUCUCGUAGGAUGCUGCAACGAGCUAAAUGCAGGAUACGCUGCUGACGGAUACGCUAGGUCUCGCGGCGUUGGUGCAUGUGUUGUCACCUUCACCGUCGGUGGACUUAGUGUACUCAACGCCAUUGCCGGUGCGUACAGUGAGAAUCUUCCGAUUAUCUGUAUUGUCGGUGGACCGAAUUCCAACGAUUAUGGCACUAACAGAAUUCUUCAUCAUACAAUCGGAUCGCCGGAUUUCAGCCAAGAGCUUCGUUGCUUUCAGACAGUCACUUGCUAUCAGGCUGUUGUGAAUAAUCUGGAAGAUGCACAUGAACUAAUUGAUACCGCAAUAUCAACUGCUCUGAAAGAAAGCAAGCCUGUUUACAUCAGCGUCGGCUGUAAUCUACCUGCAAUUCCUCACCCAACUUUUAGCCGAGAACCAGUUCCGUUUUCUCUAUCCCCCAAGAUGAGUAACAAAAUGGGUUUAGAAGCCGCUGUUGAGGCUGCAUCAAUGUUCUUAAACAAGGCAGUGAAACCUGUAAUGGUGGGUGGACCUAAACUCCGAGUUGCAAACGCCUGCCAAGCGUUUGUAGAAAUGGCAGAUGCUUCAGGCUAUGCUCUUGCAGUAACCCCAUCAGGAAAAGGGCUUGUUCCCGAACACCACCCUCACUUCAUCGGAACAUAUUGGGGUGCUGUAAGCACUGCUUUCUGUGCAGAAAUUGUUGAAUCAGCUGAUGCUUAUGUGUUUGCUGGACCUAUAUUCAACGAUUACAGCUCCGUAGGUUACUCUCUCCUUUUGAAAAAAGAGAAAGCACUCAUUAUACAACCCGAUCGUGUCACCAUUGGAAACGGGCCCACUUUUGGUUGUAUUCUAAUGAAGGAUUUCUUGCAAGCGUUAUCCAAAAAGAUUAAAAAGAAUACCACUGCAUAUGAGAAUUACCAUCGGAUAUUCAUCCCUGAAGGGCACCCACUACAAUGCGCCCCUAAAGAGCCAUUAAGAGUCAAUGUUCUCUUUGAACACAUACAGAAAAUGUUGUCAAGUGACACAGCUGUAAUUGCUGAAACAGGGGACUCCUGGUUCAAUUGUCAGAAACUUAAACUGCCACAAGGAUGUGGGUAUGAAUUCCAGAUGCAAUAUGGGUCGAUUGGUUGGUCAGUUGGUGCCACCCUUGGUUAUGCACAGGCUGCAACCGAUAAGAGGGUGAUUUCUUGCAUUGGUGAUGGAAGUUUUCAGGUGACAGCUCAAGAUGUGUCAACAAUGCUGCGAUGUGGGCAAAGAAACAUCAUAUUUGUGAUAAACAAUGGUGGCUACACCAUUGAAGUAGAGAUCCAUGAUGGGCCCUACAACGUGAUCAAGAAUUGGAACUACACAGGAUUGGUUGACGCAAUACAUAACGGCCAGGGCAAUUGUUGGACCACCAAGGUAUUUUGUGAAGAGGAUCUAAUUGAAGCGAUUGAGACUGCGACGGUGGAAAAGAAGGAUUGUUUGUGUUUUAUUGAGGUGAUGGCUCAUAAGGAUGAUACAAGCAAAGAGUUGUUGGAAUGGGGUUCGAGAGUUUCGGCUGCUAACAGCCGUCCUCCUAACCCUCAGUAAAAGCUUUGCAUACGUGCAAAGCUUUUAGUUUGGUGUUAUAGUUGUGAUAUCAUGAGAUAUUUAGUUUGGUAUUGUUUGUUAUAAGAAUGUGUGUUGUAUUGAUCAUAAAGGCAUAUAGACUGA